CAGGACUGAGUUGGCGCCAACUUACUCAGAUGUAGACAUUGCUGGCUGGAUGGCCAGCCUGCCCCAGCUAGCCUGAGCCCAAGGGCUCCCUCAGGCACCGUGCUCCUGCUGUGAGGCUGCAGCCCUGUACCCCAGGGGAGUGGCAUGUCACAAAGGGAGGUCCGAGGGCCACCGGCGAUGCCAAGAGUGGAGCAUGGCCGGGCGAAGGCCAAAACACGGCUGCUGCCAGCCACUGAUAGGAAGAGGCGCCACCUCGGCAGGACAAGGCAAGACCCGUGGGGAGAGACCAGCUGGAGUGACCAAAGAUGGAGCAGAGCUGUCCCUAGCCCUAGAGGUGCCAGGGCUAGGGGCCCAGCUUGUGGCAGGAGCGAGGCGAGUCCUGAGAAUGCGGCGCGGGAGCGCAGCCGGGUGAGGACCCUGCGCCAGGCCUUCCUGGCCCUGCAAGCCACUCUGCCUGCUGUGCCGCCUGACACCAAGCUCUCUAAGCUGGACGUGCUGGUGCUGGCUACCAGCUACAUAGCCCACCUCACCCGCACACUUGGCCACGAGUUGCCCAGCCCUGCCUGGCCACCCUUUCUGCGUGGGCUCCGCUACCUGCACCCUCUCAAGAAGUGGCCCAUGAGAUCUCGUCUCUAUGCUGGAGGCCUGGGAUGCUCUGGCCUUGACUCCACCACAGCCAUCACCUCCAGCCAAAAAGCAAAGGAAGCAGAGGGCUGACUACAUCACUCUAGUGGAGAAGACCAAGAGGCCAGGAAGGAUGAAGCUGUUGGAGGCUGAGGAAGGCAGAUCCCACCAGGACACCUUUCUUCGGCUGCCUCGAGCUCAGGCGAAGUUGUUCUAGUGCCCAGAAAAGACCUGAGUGACCCAGGAGCCAGCUCCCCAAGCUGGAGGGAGCUCAGGCCAGAGUCAGAAGGGCUGGCAGAGGGAAGGGAGGCACAAAGGCAGGUCCAGGGGGUGACUGGGAGCACCCAAAGAGGAACCUGACAGCAGCCUCCCUGAUAAGCACAAUGCUUACGACAGCUUGGAGCCUGGGGUAUGUAAACCAACCAAGUCCAGGAGAAAUGCCUUUUGUCUCUGCAGCAAAGAAGAAAAAUGCCCACUCACCAGGACACUUCGAGUCUCACCGGUGCUGGGGCAUGGGAUGGAGCAGCUAGAGGCUGCAGAGGCGGCCCAGAUCCGCAUCAUGCGCAGUUUCUGCUCCCUAGAAACAAAGGUGUGGAGGAAGGAGCUGUGGAAGUUAACAGGAUCACGAGUGCCAAGUGAUGGGAAGGUGGUCUGCCUCGGGAUGGAGGAACGGCUGCUCCCUGAGCUUGGUCUACUUGGCUUUCUUGCACUGCCUGUCAUGGGACACGAGAUAGGCAGAGGCAGGCGGUGAGGAGGACAGCCCCGUCACCUCGCUUGGCUUUCUCGUACACAGAGCAGCACGAGAGCAGGGCGGAGGCCUGGGUGGGCUGUGGAGGAACAGAACUGGCCAAGGGGUAAAUAAGGGUUGUGUGGCCGCUGUGGUGUUUACCACCCAGGAACAAGAGUAAUUAGAAAUAGAAGAUCAAGGUAGCUUCCUCCCUCUCCCUCUAGGAGGAGCCUAGUUAAAGUAAAUUAGACAGAAGGUCCUCUUCUUUUUCUGGCACCAGCCUUGUAGGCUUUUUCUACUCAGUAGGCCAAAUCCAGUUCCCCACUCAUCUUUGUAAAUAAAGUUUUAUUCAAACACAGCCA